AUGGCCAAUGUUGACCGUGUCCCGAAUGUUGGCUACGCGGCGAUGAACACCAAGGGUGUGUUGGUGCCCUGGAAGUAUACGAUUAGGCAUCCUUUGGAGGACGAGUUGCUUGUUCGAGUUUUGUACUGUGGAAUCUGCCAUACAGACAUUCACAUGGCUGAGAAUGACUGGCACACAACGCGUUACCCUUGUGUUCCGGGUCACGAGUUCAUAGGUGUGAUUGAGAUGGCGGGUCGAUCGGAGCUGGAGCAAAUUGAUGGGCCGUCGAGUGAGCCUGGCUUUGAGAAGGGGGAUUAUGUCGGCAUUGGAUUUAUGUGUGAUUCUUGCUUGGAAUGUGAGUCGUGUUUGGACGAUCGUCAAAUGCAUUGUGAUAAGCAAGUGGACACGUUUAGUGGCUUUACUAGAGGUGAAGUUACUUAUGGAGGUUAUGGGAAAUUUGUGGUGAUACGGAAGGCAUUUGCUGUGAAGAUUCCGAAGGACACGAAGCCGGAGAUUUUGAGGGAUAUGGCCCCGUUAAUGUGUGCCGGUAUUACUACUUACGCUCCAAUAGUAAGUAAUCAUAUGAGUCGCGGUAAUCUGCGCAUAGGAGUCAUUGGACUGGGUGGUCUUGGCCAUUUGGCCGUGCAGUUUGCAGCCAAAAUUAAUCCUACGAAUGAGGUGUAUGUGAUUUCAAGAUCCAAGAACAAGGAGCAGCUGGCUAAGCAGCUAGGUGCUUUGGGAAUGAUUCAGGUAGGCUCAGACCCGGAGAAGAACGAUGGUGUCAUGAAGGAAUAUGGCAACCGAUUUGACUACUUGCUGGAUACAGUAGCCGUCUCCGGGAAGCCCCUAGCCGAGUAUAUGAGGCUGCUCAAACCUCUAGGCACCCUGAUAACUGUCGGACUACCGCCUGUCGAUGAAAUCAUUCCAAUGCCCGUCACCGCCCUUGUGAUGAAAAACUGCUCCAUUCAAGGCAGCCUGGUCGGCGGCAUCAAACUAACUCAGAACAUGAUUGACUUCUGCCACGAGCACUCUAUUACACCCAUGUGCGAGCACGUCAAACUCAGUCAGGUCAACGAAGCCUUUCAAAGAGUGCUAAAGUCGGACGUACUCUUUAGGUUCGUCAUCGACGUAGCAGACUCCAUAGAUAGCGUGUAA